UGAAAUUCAUCUGACAGACAAGUGAGAUCACCAGCUCGCAGCCCAGGCUGUCUAUAAAGGAGCAGGGAGGUCCCAGCCUACACAAUCCGCUCUGGCCCCCGACAGAACUCGGGUCUCUCCCAGAACCGGGCACUUCUGCCUCGGGAAGGAAACCAGUGCGGUGAAAGGAGCCGUCACCUCCCCUGGCUGGGCUGGGGACUCAGCUGAUCACAAUGAGUGCCCUGCCCCUGAAGGAGAAACUGCAGGCCCUCCAGUGCCACUUCACCUGGAACUUUGAAAUCAGAGACAAGGUAGAUGCAGCUCACAUCCUCCAAACUCUGGCUCUCAGGAUUGCCCACAAUGACUACCAGAACCAGCCUACGCUCCUUGCCAUGCAGGCUUAUCUCUGCCACCUGCAAGGGCAAUAUGAAGAUGCUCUGUAAAGCCUUAGAGAAGCCGAGAAGAUUCUGCAAAGAGAUCACCCAGAUAACUUCCCCCGGCAGGUCCUGGUCAUUUAUGGAAACUACACCUGGAUCUAUUAUCACUUGGCCCACUAUGAUUUGGUUGAGCUUUACCUGGACAAGGUUAGAAAGAUCUGCAGCUCCCUGAAGAGCCGCUCUCCAUAUGCAGCUCAGAUCCCUGAGAUACAUGCACAGAAAGGCUGGUCUCUCCUGGCAGCAGGCUUCCGCAAUGGCAGAGAAGCCACAGAGUGUUUCCAAAUGGCAUUAAGAGAAGACAAAGCAAAUGGGGAAUUUCUCGCUGGGUUGGCAAUCGCAGCCUUCGCAUCAUGGACUCACUCAUACAAGUCUGUAUUCUGGAAUGCUGCCAGAGAGAAGUUGGGCGCCAUUAUCCACGAACAGCAGCAAAACUAUGAAGCUAAGAUGUAUUUAGCCAAGAUCCUUAAGAAGGUGGACAGACAGCAAGCCGAAGCCCUUUUAGAAGAUGUUGUCCAGAAUAGCCUGGACCCUGAGGUCCUGAGAAAUGCAGCCAAGUUCUUUCAGCUAGAAUUCCCACAACAAGCAAUUGCUAUCCUACAGCGAGCAAUAUCUCUGAACCCCAAUUAUCAUCUCCUUCAUUAUGACCUUGGCGUCUGCUACAAGAAACAACUGGAGGCAGCCAAAUCAGGCAGAAGAGAAGAAAUAGUGGCAGCAGCUACUGAGGCCUUCAAAAAGGCUGUGCAGAAAGAUCCAGUGUCUGUAUUUUCAAAGCUGGCUUUAGCUGAAAUGUAUGGAGAAAAUACACCUCGCUACCAGGAAGAGAUUUAUCUCAAUCUCAUGAGUGAAAUGCCCAGCCUCAGCAAGAGGUGUCAGCAGGCAGUCUACCUUCACUGGGGGGAUUUCCUCUUCUACAAGCAGAAGUCACGGUGGGAGGCAGCUCAGAUGUACAAAGCAGGUUUCGCCAUUCCAGACAACUACCUGGAGAGGAAACAACUGAAAAAAAGGUUGGAAGAGGUGGCAGGAGAAUUCCAGCAGAGCUCCCAGACCACUGAGGCUGAGGCCAUACAUGACUUCAUUCAACAGAAUGAAAGUCCAUGAGACACUAUAAAGUUCACUGGUGGCAGUAAAAAAGCAGGAGACUGGAGAUGUGGAGAGAAUGGGAGAUCCUUUCCCUUCCCUGGACACACUAAGAACUCCCUCUGAAGCAAGUCACUUUUCCCACCUGUGUAACAAUGACAUUCGUGUUGCAAAUGAUUCUAGGUCCCCUGACUAGUUCAGACCACGGCACAUCCUGCCGCUGCUUCUUUAAUUAUUAUUAGCUACCUGUACUGUAAAGAACAAGGCCCCUUAGUUAAAUUGUGCAUGUCUGGGACACCUCCAUGUCGGAUGCAUGUAGGUAAUUAAUAAGGGUUAUGUAUAGGUUUUUAUUAUGUGAUGGUUGUCAUGUGUUUAUGGGUCCUGAGAUUGUCCAUGAAUAUAGGUUUUGUGAAGUUUCA